AUGAAACCUAUGCCCCGAGUGUGUAUUAUGCGUCGAUUUUUAGUUUGGCCAUCACAGCUAAUUUGGGUUUUUAAUUUGCCAUUUAUUGCCGUCUAUCGUACAUUGCACGAAAAAAUUGACUCUCUUCCAGAAUCUCAAUGGAAACUAAGUCGACUUCGAUUUUUUAUAAUUGUUUGUCUGUGUCAAUUUGUGUAUUAUUGGUUUCCAGGUUAUAUCAUGCCUGUGUUAUCUGCAUUUUCAUGGAUGUGUAUGAUAAAACCAAAUAAUAUUCUUCUUUCUCAAAUAACUGGUCUUUCCGGACUUAGUGUCGGAUCAUUUCAAUUUGAUUGGAAUUCAAUAACAACAUCUGGUGGUGCCCCAUUUGGUUCUCCCAUUAUAGUACCGCGAUGGGCAAUAGUUAACAUAUUUGUUGGCUUUGUCAUUAGUGUUUGGAUAGUGAUUCCCAUUGGAUAUUAUUCAAAUUCCUUGGAUGCUAAAUUGUUUCCGAUUAACGAUAAUAAUUAUUAUACCAAAAAUGGAAGUAAUUUCUAUAAUUUUUCUACUGUUAUUGAUCAAGAUAUUCAUUUUAAUUUAACAGCAUAUAACAUAUCCGGACCUAUUCGUAUGACUAUAUCACACGCAAUAUCGUAUGGUUUGGCAUUUGCUUGUGUAUCAUCGGUUAUUGUACACACCUUUUUAUAUCAUGGUAAAGAUAUUAUUCAACAAUUUCAUACAUCACUUGCAAAUCGUGAACAUGAUAUUCAUUGUACACUAAUGGCAAAAUAUCCUGAAGCUCCAGAAUGGUGGUAUUUAAUUUUAUUUAUUAUUAAUUUCGUUUUAGCAAUUAUUGCUUGUUAUAUAGGAAAAUUUAUGCCAUGGUAUUAUUUAUUUCUGAUCAUUCUUCUUCUUUUUAUAUUUAUUUUACCCAUUGGCAUUGUUGCUGCUAAUACAAAUCAAACUAUACCUAUUUAUGUUUUAAGCGAAUUUGUGGCUGGUGCUAUUAUGCAUGGUAAUCUCAUUGCAGCAGCUACAUUUCGAACUUAUAGUUUUAACACAUUAUUUCAAGCAGUAACGUUUAUUAAUUAUUUAAAAUUAAGUCAUUAUAUGAAGAUUCCACCACGUACAAUAUUUAUAGCACAAGUUGUUGGUACUUGUGUAUCGGCAAUUGUCAGUUAUUCUAUAACAGAUCAUUUUUUAAAUACUGUUCAUAAUAUGUGUACGACUAACGGUGAUUGGACUUGUGUUCAAACCAUUUCAUUUUACAAUAAAUCGAUUUGGACUAUAAUAGGUCUAAAUACGAUGUUUGGUAAAACUGGAAUCUAUCGCAAUAUACUUUGGUGUUUUCUAUUAGGUGCUGUUUUACCAAUUCCAUUUUGGCUUCUUAGUAAAAAAUAUCCCUAUGUGAAAUGGUUGAAUUAUGUUCAUAUUCCAGUGAUGUUAUCAGCUGUGUCACAAUUGCCCUAUAUACCACCAGGAAAUAUUUUGUCAUGGGUAUUGGUUGGAUUCAUAUUUAAAGUGGUUAUUAGAAAAUGGUGGUUAGAUCGAUAUGCUCUGUUAUUUUCCGCAGCGAUGGAUGCGGGUGUCGGUAUUUGUAUAAUAUUCAUAUACUUUAUACUAACAAAUAAAAAUAUUUUAUUUCCAAAAUGGUGGGGAUUAGGUGGAAUUUAUACAGAUGGAUGCCCAUUAUCACAUAAAAACUACUAUGGCUACAUACCCUCAUCGUAA